AUGGCUCCAACACUUGCAGUAUCAUUCAAUGGCUCCUCAAAUGUCACUGAUUUUGUCCUCAACAAAGCCAAUGGAGUAAAGGGUCUCUCUGAAAUGGGCCUCAAAAGCCUCCCUAACCAAUAUGUCCAACCCCUUGAGGAAAGAAUCUGUGAUACCAAAAUCAUUUCCCAAGAAUCCAUUCCCAUCAUUGACAUGUCAAAAUGGGAUGACCCUAAAGUUGCAGAAGCAAUCUGUGAGGCUGCAGAGAAAUGGGGUUUCUUUCAGAUAAUCAACCAUGGGGUUCCCGUUGAGGUGCUUGAGAAUGUUAAGGAAGCAACUCAUCAGUUCUUUAGCUUACCAGCUGAGGAGAAGAGGAAGUAUCUGAAAGAGUUUUCUCCUUCUAAUAAUGUGCGGUUUGGCACAAGCUUUAGUCCUGAAGCUGAGACGGCUUUAGAGUGGAAAGAUUACCUUAGCCUCUUUUAUGUCUCUGACGAUGAGGCUUCUGCAUUGUGGCCUUCUGUUUGCAAGGAUCAAGUGAUAGAAUACAUGAAGAGAUCAGAAAUUGUUAUCAGAAAGCUAUUGGAUGUGCUGAUGAAGAAUCUGAAUGUGACUGAAAUUGAUGAGAGAAAGGAAUCCAUGUUAAUGGGGUCUAAAAGGACGAACCUUAACUACUAUCCCAUUUGUCCAAACCCUGAGCUCACAGUAGGAGUUGGCCGCCACUCAGACGUUUCAACACUCACUUUCCUCCUCCAAGAUGACAUCGGCGGACUUUACGUGCGAGGGAACGAGGAUGGCUGGAUUCAUGUUCCUCCGGUUGAAGGUUCCAUUGUGAUCAAUGUUGGAGAUGCUCUGCAAAUAAUGAGCAAUGGUCAAUACAAGAGCAUCGAGCACCGUGUGAUUGCCAAUGGAAGUAAGAACAGGAUUUCCGUUCCCAUUUUCAUUAAUCCCAGGCCGUCCGACAAAAUAUCUCCUUUUCCUGAAGUACUGGCCAGCGGCGAGAAGGCCGUGUACAAGGAAGUUCUGUAUUCGGAUUACGUCAAGCAUUUCUUCCAAAAGGCACAUGAUGGGAAGAACACAAUCGAUUUCGCAAAGAUAUGA